AUGAAAGUUCCCACGACCAUCUCCUCUACCCCGCCCAGUGGUAAGUCAUGUUCUUCGGAAGUGUCCAUAUACGACGGGAUCGCCGGCAGCGAGAGCGACAACCUGCUGCGCAAGAUCUGCGGGCCCGUCGCCAGGGAGCCGCGAGACUCCUCAGGGAGAUUCAUACAGCCAGAGUUCCUCAUCUCGUCGGGCAACAUCCUCGAGAUUCACCUCAACCUCGGUCCCCACACGGACGUCGAGAAGCAGUUCCUCGUGGGAGCAUAUCAGUUUCACAACUCUCGUCUGGAGGGCACGAAGAACCCGAACAGCGUGUGUGACGUCAUGUUCUACGGAGCCGACAGCCCGUCUAGGGGCACCGUCCAGGAUCCACCGACACGUCUGCUGUGGAACGUGGAAGGCUCCUUGACAUGCAGUUACCUCUUCGUCCCAACCUCGAACCAAAGCCUUUCUAUCAUGGUUCGAGAUGCAGGCGGCUCCCUGACCUCGGCCAGCUGCACCACCAUCUGCGGGGAGGAGGGCUGCCAGUGCCGCCCCUCCAUGUUGCCGCUGAGUCAAGUCGAUUAUCUUUUGUUCGUUCAGACGAAGACGCAGAAAAUCGUGGCCUGUCUCUGCGGCGACAUGCAGGGCAUGCAAGGAGUCACUGUCAGUUCCUCUGGGGGCAUAGACGUGACAUACCACGUGGCACAUUUUACCUGGGCAACACCUGGAUUCAACUUCACCCUCGAAUAUUCCUUUCCGCCUCCAACUGCAUGUGGGCCCAGUUUCUACAAUUCGCCCAAAGGUGAGCUGGGACCCAGAGAAUAUAAGGUGCCUAAUACGGAAUACCUAUAUGUUACCUGCAGCUGGCUAAUAACCAACCAGCCAGGGACAGACCUUCUGCUCUCUGUCAUUCCCCCACGGCAAGGAUCCUGCAACGUGUGGAACCUAACUGUGGUGGGCGUGAGCAGGGAAUCGGGCCAACGUGUGGUGGGCGGGGUGUGCGGAGCUGACCCAUCCAAGUCGUUUCGUAUCCAUCAAUAUCACCACGAGGCUGCAUCCAUUACGCUUGAGCUGAGGGGCCGAGGAAGCCGAGAAUGGGAGGUGUCCUGGAACACGAUCCUUCCAGACACCCAUUACGGAGAUGCGCCCACUUCCGUCUCGCCCAAACCGGAGCAUUCAAGGACUCUCCACGCGGAACCUACCGGGAGAAAAACAUACACUGUCAAAUCACAGGGUGUCUCGUCACAUCGACCGAGAUGGCGAGAAUGGAGACACUGCGGCCUCCCGUUGUUACUGACACUGGUGCUGUCUCAAACCUUGUGCUUUUAACUCUUCAAAUAUAUUAUAUAAAAAAAAAGUUUAUCCUCCCCGACUGUUUGGUGCUGAAGAAUGCGUUUUCACCCCCACCCCCUCCCCCCCCGUAGACCUUCGCCCAUUUGGUUUGUAGCUUUAGGGGAGACUUAAGCCUUGGAAACGAGAACUAAGCUUUUAAAAGAUGACGUUGUGGAAAGAUGCUGAAUUUGAACACAGCGGUGAAGUGAAAGUAAGACCCGUUGGGAUGACUUUAUCCUAAACAAAGUUUACUUCGAGUGGUUUCAUCCUUGUUUGUUUUCACGUGAAAAGAAUAAUUAUCGAAGCACGAGGAUGAUGGAGAUGAUUAAUGAAAAAAAAAUAAAAAAAAAAAAACAGGAAAUCUAACUAAAAUGUAAAGUGACAGGAAUAUUUCCCAAAGGCAACCUAUAUAUAUCCAAGAAUGAUUUGGAAUGAGCUUACUUUGUCUGU